AUGGCGGCCCCCUUCUCAGGAAGCGAGGUCAAGUGCGUCAGCGUCGAGUGGGACUUCCUGCAGGGCUUGUUGGUCAAAGCCCCGCCUGUGCCCUGCCUGCAGGCCUUGCGGAAGGAGAAGUCCCGGAACGCGGCCCGCUCCCGCCGGGGCAAAGAGAACUUCGAAUUUUAUGAGCUGGCGAAGACGCUGCCCCUGCCCAGCGCCAUCACGAGCCAGCUGGACAAGGCGUCCAUCGUGCGUCUCAGCAUCACCUACCUCCGCCUGCGGGAUUUCGCUGCCCUCGGGGACCCGCCCUGGACUCCACCUCGAGCCGACCGGUCCCCAGCGCCAGUCUCUGGUGCUCCUGGACGGAGAGAGAGCUCUGCCUUCCUCACUGACCUCUUUGAACAGCAUUUGGGAGGCCACAUUCUUCAGUCACUGGACGGGUUCGUGUUCGCCUUGAACCAGGAGGGCAAGUUUCUCUACAUCUCAGAGACAGUUUCCAUCUAUCUGGGCCUCUCUCAGGUGGAGCUGACUGGCAGCAGCGUGUUUGACUAUGUGCACCCAGGGGACCACACGGAGGUGCUGGAGCAGCUUGGGCUGAAGGCCCCACCCCCUGGGCCUGGGGCACCACCCUGUGGCCCCUCUUCUUCCUCUUCUUCCUCCUCAGCUUCCUCCAACUCAGAAGCCCCAGAGCGGGAGCUGGGCCCCCCUGUGCUCACGCCUCGGAACCAGCCUGGCCUUCUUGACCGGUCCUUCUUUAUUCGAAUGAAAUCCACACUCACCAAGAGGGGGCUGCAUCUCAAGGCUUCGGGGUACAAGGUAAUUCACGUGACUGGCCGGCUUCGGACUCAGCUGCUGACAACCCGCCGGGGCCAAAUGCUGGGUCUUGUCGCCCUAGGCCACACCUUGCCCCCAGCUCCACUCAGCGAACUCCCCCUGCACGGCCAUACACUGGUCUUCCGCCUCAGCCUGGCUUUGACUAUCAUCUCCUGUGAGAGCAGGAUCAGUGACUACAUGGAUGUGGGCCCCUCAGAACUGAUUGGACGAAGCUGCUACCAGUUUAUCCAUGGGGAGGACGUGGCUGGAGUUCGCCAGAGCCACCUGGACUUGCUGGACAAAGGGCAGGUGGUGACGGGCUACUACCGGUGGCUGCAGAGGGCCGGGGGCUUCGUCUGGCUCCAGUCCGUGGCCACAGUGGCCAUCAGUGGCAAGAGCCCAGGCGAGCGGCACGUGGUCUGGGUCAGCUACAUCCUCAGUCAAGUGGAAAGCAGUCACGUGGUCUUGGACGCUUUCCAGCUUCCCCGAACUGGCCCCCAAGAGGAUCUGUCGGAUCCAGAACCUGAGAUCAAAGGCGGUAAUUUUCUUCCAGAGUCCAAGGCCCAGGUGGAGGGGGAGCCUGGAGCCCCCCAGCCUGAGCCCGGGGCCCGCCACCCUCGGGGCAAACGCAUCAAACUGGAGCCAGCCCGAGGCAGCGGCAGCAGCAGCGGCAGCAGCCAGGGAGAGGCCCCCGGUGGCAGCAGCGGCAGUGGCGGCGGUGAAGGCAACGAAGACAGUGACGAAGGGGAGCCCAGACUCCCAGCCCCCCGGCCAGAAUUUACUUCGGUCAUCCGAGCAGGGAGCUUGAAGCGGGAGGGCCUGAGGCCCUGGAGCUUUGCGGCCUCGUACCCAGCUCGGGAGCCCUUCCACCGGCCCCCUUCACCUCCCGAUUCCCCAUCUCCCCCGGCUCUGGUCCACGCGGGUUACCUGGCCCCUGGCAGGGGCCUCUACACCAGCACGAUCAGAUACGGGCCGGCCGAGCUGGGCCUGGCACUCCCCAGCCCGGGGCUGGUCUAUCAACACCUCCAGAGGCUCAGCGGCCCAGGGCCUGCCUUUCCCGACACUCUCUACCCCAGCGUGCCCUUCCUGGGCCCGGACAGGAAAGGGGACUGAGGAGGGCGGCCUCCUCCGGACUGUGCUCGGUGUCUGGAGCUGCUGAGUGCAGCUUUGUGCCCCACCCCCAGGAGG